CGAGUCUCCGUCUAUGCGACGUCCUCCCAGUCGGUGGUGAUUCGCGUGGCGCCGCCUCGCCUAUUCGCCGUUGGCGGCGGCAGCGGCGGCGGCGGCGGGGGCGGCCGGCAUGCGGACACCGGCUCUUCGUCGACAGAGUCGACGUCGACACGGACGAGACGGUGUCGACAGUUGCGGCGUCGGCGAUUGGUCGAGACGCGGCUGUUGCCGUUGCGCUAUCGCAUCGAGUGCUCGUGUCGAGCCGACUUUGACGCCGCCACUCGACACGCCUUCAUCGUCGAGCCGCCCGUCAGCGUCGACUUUGUCUUCUCCGGCCUCGCCGACUCGCCCGACCAGUCGCGGCCACGCACCACCAGACAGAGUCUGGACGAGACGAUGAAGCGUGUUUCGUCGCGCCGCGACGACGACCAACUGGAGCUGGAACGGCGACAGAAGGAAGACAGCGAAGAGGACGAGGAGGAGAAGGAGGAGGAGGAGGAGGAGGAGGAUGAGGAGGAUGAAGAGGAGGAAGGGUACGAGGAAGAGGAGGAGGAGGAAGUAGAUGAAACGGAGGAAGAGGAGGAAGAGGAAGAAGAGAAGGAAGAGGAGGAGGAGGAGGAGGAGGAGGCAGAAGAGCCAAUGAGCUGGUGCUGGAAUGCGCCGUUUCGGGUGGGCUACUACGAGUUGAAGGGACUGGCGCCGGGACAGGCGGUGUUUGUGCGUGUGUUCGCCUUCUCCUUCGCCGGCUGGUCCGAGCCCGUCUCCUCCACCCCCAUCGGCCUGCUCCCCUCCUCCUGGCACCAGGCUUUGCUACCGGCGCUGGCGCCGCCGCGCCGCUUCAUGGGCCGAACGCAGACGAGCCAAUUGGACGAGCUGCGCGCCCAUCUCGAGCACGAGUUGGCCAAUUGGGCGGGUCCUUCUGGCGUUGGCGUCGCCGUUGGUGAGCCGGUCGACGGCGAGUCGACGUCGGAAGCGGGUGGAGCGGGUGGAGCGGGUGACGGCGACGCGGGGUUGGUGCAGACGAGGCGGGUGCACUCGCCGGUGGGGCAGCGCAAGUUGUCCAUCCGGUCGCUGUUCGUCUCGGCCAGCGUCAAGUUCACCAAGCACACGAAAACCGGCGUCUACUUGGCCCUCGUCUGCCACGUGCGCGCGCCCACGUCGACGUCGGCCACGCCGACGCUGGCGCGCCAGCCAAUCGUCCUCUUCGACGACGCACUGCCGCUCAUCCGCGUCACUCGCGACCUCCCUCCGCCCACCCAAUUGGCCGGCGAGGUCGGCUGGCUCGCGCGCCUCCUCGCCGACGCCGGCGCCCUCGACCUGCGAUUGGUCAACCGCGCUCUCGCCGUCGCCGGACACGCCGGCCUCCCGGCUACGCUGCAGCUCAAGGCGCGUCUGUGCGUCGCCGUGCAACGUCUACAA